ACUUGAGCAGCGACUGAUAAUAGUUCACAAGUCCACAAGAGCACAACAAGUACAGAGAAGAACGCAUAUCGAGAAACAGCUGUUGAUUCAUUUACGUUCAGAAACCACCGAGGAGGACACGAAUAAUGAACAGCUUCUAGAAUAAAAGUGUGUCUCUAAAUCUGAUGAGUGAGUCACCAGAGCUGUCUGGUGCUCAGAACUAUGGAUCACCCUCUGACCAUUGUGUUUUUUGGAAACUCUGCUGCAGUCCAGUUUCAACAUGACAAUUAUCUUCUUGGAGAAAUACAACCAAAUAUUGAAAAUGUUGCAGUAUCCAGGACUGUUCUUUUGCAGAUGAAGAAAUCAGGACAUCGUGUCUCCGUGAUCAGUCUGAUUGGCUUACACGAGACUGCACUUGAUCUGGAUUCUCUCACUGAUCAACUAGUGAAUGAAAAUGAAAUCAUUGCCUUCAUCUUUGUUGUGCGACUGGGCCAGUUAACGGAUGCUGAUAAGAUGGGUCUUGAGUGGCUUCAGAGCGUGUUUGGGGACAGAGUUCUUCAGUUUGUGAUGAUUCUCUUCACCUAUGAGAGCGAGGAAGAGUCUGACUCUAUAAUAGAUGAUCUGAAGAAAAACUCUUCUCUGGAGCGGCUGAUUAAGAAAUGUGGUGGAAGAUAUCACACCUGCAGCAAGAACAUGAACAACCAAUCAGAGAUGAGAGACCUGAUGAACAGGAUUGAGCAUCUGUUUACUGAUAACAAACAGCAGUUUUACACUGGUGAAAUGUACAACACAGCAUUAAGAGAGAGAGGAGACCUGCAAAACAGGACAUCUCAAAGUGACCAACCCACAAUUAUUGGAAAGACUAUGGACUGUACCUUGAUGACAGAGACAAGACAAACACAUAGGGGAAACGUAGAGAAGUGUUCAUUAGAUGGGUCACGAUUAAAUCAAAACCAAAAUGGAAGGAGGAAAGAAAUGGAGCGACUAUUUCACAGACUUCAUCUUGACAACCAGCACGUCUCUAAACUAAGAGCUGCAGAUGUUCUUCAACUAACUACACAUUCAUUACGGUCCCAUGAGUCUUGUGCUGAUGAGGACCUCAUACAAACUUUCCUACAAAAAAUACUGAUGAUGAACUACAGAGCAAGAUACAUUAAAACAAUAGACAUGCAGCAAGACAGGCAUCAAAGAAACAAUGACUUUUUAGAAUAUGAGAGUGAUGCUGAUAUUUUCCAAGAUGCAUCUUUGACUCUUGAAGAAACAAACGGGAGUGAUGCUAUUCACCCGAUGGAUGUUCAGAUGGCAGUGUUUCAUUCUGCUGAUAGUUUCUUAAAACAGCUGAUGGUGACUAAACUGUCUCAGUGUCAGUACGCUCUGCCUCUGCUUGUUCCUGAUCCCUUCACACAAGAGAUUGAGUUUCCUCUCUGGACAUUCAGACAAAUCAACAAGAGCUGGAAGAUGAAAGAUACCAACAAUGAAAUCAUCAGUAUAAUCCAGCCUGUCUGGAAGGCAGAAACACCAAUGGUGUUUUUCUUUAGGUUUGACUCAUUGUCCUCAUCCAAAUCUCAGCUGAUGAACAGUCUGAUCAAUGAGAGACACAACACGUUCUUCCACAGGAACUGCCCAGGCAGCAGCAAAACCAGACUACUGAUGGAUGGAGUGGUGGAGAUCGCCUGGUACUGCCCCUCCAGGAAAGACAGAGAUAAAUUUACUCAGUGUAUUGCUUUCUGUAACCUUCAUGGUGAUGCAGGAGACCAUGAGAAACAGCUGCAGAUCCUCACUGAAAUGGCCUCAGUCAAUGUUGUUAUUCUACCACAACUUGACCAGAAUGACAAGAACGCAAAACAAAUUCAAAACCUGUACAGGGGCAGAAAGCCACUUAUUUGUCUUCUUACUGAGGAUGAAUCUAGAGUAACUGUAAUGAGAAAAGGAAAAUACAAAAUUGGAUUAAAUGACAGAAAUCAAGCAGAUGUAUCUGAAGAACUCGUACAGGUUAUAAAUGAAUGUCUCUUGUUCUCAUCGCCAGAAUCAACUUCUAUUUUCAGUCUAGAAGAUGUGUCCAAACACACAGGUAUCAGAGUAGAUGAGGAACAAGAUGAUGACUGCAGAAGAGGAAAAGAAUCAGCCCAGAAGAUAUUGAGUUUAGUGAAGGAUAAAGAUCUGACGGAGAUCAAAAAGUCAUUUCUGCCCUGUCAGGGGAAACUGUGGCAUCAGUGGUGUGAAAAGAACAAAGAACUACAUAGAUCUCAGGGAAAUGAAACAGACAUGGAAAUAAAACAGAAACAAAACAUGAAGAAAAUCCGUGAAGAGCAGCAUGUGUUGGACAUUGGUGACUUCAUGAAGUUGUUUAUUACAGAAAUGAAUUCACAAACUCCAAAUGAGAAGACAUUUUUUCUAAAAUGGCUCACAAUUCUCCUGGAUGAAUAUACAUCAGCUGACCUUUCUGCUCUACAUCACAAGUACAAUGAAAAGUGGUCAAAAGUUAGAGCUGUGCAACAGAUGACCAGUGAAUAUGCAGAACUUGAAAGGAUAUCAAAAGCACUUCAAGCUGCAACCUUUGGCCUGGAGCACAUCAUGAGGGAGAUCGGUCAGAUCUAUGAAUCAUGUAAAUCAGUGAAUAAGAACAAGGAAGGUCUGCCGUGUGAUUUUUCUUCUCUCCCGAGUCUUGCAGCAGAGAUGAUGAUCUCUGGAUUUCCACUGGAGCUGAUGGAUGGAGACGCUGCUCAUGUUCCUGUGGUCUGGGUUACUGCUGUUCUACAUGAACUCAUCCAGAAACUGGGAGACAAGAGAGUGUUUGUGCUUUCAGUUUUAGGGAUCCAGAGCUCAGGGAAAUCCACUAUGCUGAACGCCAUGUUUGGACUCCAGUUUGCUGUCAGUGCUGGCAGGUGCACCAGAGGAGCUUUCAUGCAGCUGGUCAGAGUUUCAGAUGAGAUGAAAGGACAACUGAAGUUUGACUUUAUUCUGGUUGUUGAUACUGAGGGGCUUCGUGCUCUAGAACUGUCAGGAAGGUUAACAAGACAUCAGGACAAUGAAAUGGCCACAUUUGUUGUUGGUCUUGGUAAUUUAACAUUAGUCAACAUUCUUGGAGAAAGCCCAUCAGAGCUGCAGGAAAUUCUUCAGAUCGUUGUCCAGGCGUUCAUGAGGAUGAAGAAGGUCAGACUGAAUCCCAGCUGCAUGUUUGUUCAUCAGAACGUUUCAGAAGUCACAGCCGGAGAGAAAAACAUGGAUGGAAGGAGACGGCUACAGCAGACACUGGAUAAAAUGACAAAACUUGCUGCUAAAGAGGAAGUCUUUGAUGCAGAAUGUUUCAAUGACAUUAUUACUUUUGAUGUGCAGAAAGAUGUGAAAUAUUUUGCACAGCUGUGGGAGGGCAGCCCACCAAUGGCACCACCAAACCCAUCAUACUGUGAAAACAUCCAAGAGCUAAAGACAACUUUUUUUAGCCAUGCCUCAAAUUCAGAUGGCUUAGAGCUAACAUGCCUAAAAGAUCGUAUUAAAGAUCUUUGGGAAGCUUUACUGAAUGAACGAUUUGUGUUCAGCUUCAGAAAUUCUCUGGAAAUCACAACAUACCGAAAACUGGAGACCGAAUACAGCAAGUGGUCCUGGAGUCUCCGCAGAGCCAUGCUGGAUAUAGAGAACAAACUCUACAACAACAUAGAAAAUGAAACAAUUGCUGAAGUUUCAGAAAGUGAUCUUCAAAGAAAACUAAAUUUGAAACGUGAAGAAGUAGAGGAGUCAAUGUCAGAAUUCUUUGAGAAAGACAAAGAUAAAGAUAUAUUGAUAGAGUGGAAAGUAUCAUUUUAUAUAAAAAUCAGUGAUCUUCAGGAAAACAUUGUGAGAGAAACAACAAGGAAAUUAAAUGAGAUUUUACAGCAGCGAGAUAUGAGGAAAAGGAUUGAUGCUCAGAGGACACGUUAUGAAAAUACUCUCUUGGAAAAGAGCAAAGAACUUGCAGUAAAACUCAAAGACAAAGCAAAUGAUGAAGCAAUCCUGAAAAAAGAGUUUGAUUCCUUUUGGAAAGAUUGUGUUAAUAAGAUUAUCAGAGAAACUCCUCAAAUCAAAAACAUUGAUGUAUUAAAUGACAUGAAACAACUUCUUUGUAAUUAUGAAAGUGUCAGUCUAAAUGACUUGAAGAAGAGCAAGGAUAUUUUUUCUGUGCCAAAUUUUUCAGAUUAUGUACAGAUAAGGAAACCCAGAGGAAUUACAGAACAUGCUAAAAAUGCCUUCAGGUCAGCUAAACAGACAUUUGGUUACAUCGAGGCUGAACCCCAAAUUAGAGCCUUAGUCAAUGACAUUGCUCAACAUGCAGACAAAAUAAUCAUGUCAUAUAAUAUUGCAAAGAUGGGCUACAACAAAACCUACAUUCAGGAACUCGCAGAUUAUAUCAAAGGCAGAGUAGUAGAUUAUGAGCAAGGCUCCAGGAACUAUGUGUUCAAGAAGCAAUUUUACAUGGAUUUGGUCAUUUCCAUCUGUAAGAGAGAAAACAAGGUUAUUACUGAACAACACAAAAGAUUCAGGGAAGCUAAUGAUCCUGUUUUCUACUUUGAACAGAAGAGCGAAGAGUACUAUAGUAUUUUCCAGAAAUACUGUCAAGGUGCAACAACAGCUGCCAUUUUUGGGGAGAUCAUCUGUCAGAAACUGAAAGAGCCCAUUCAAAAGAGUGUCUACAAAGAUACUGCCAGAGAUUUGACUAAUGAAAUUAAAACAAACUGUGAAUCACUAAAUGGAAACAGAUCUAACCUAGAGAAACACGUCCUCAAGACUCUGGCAGAACAGGAAGAUUUUUACAAGUACAUUACAUACUUUAACACUCCUAGAGACCAUUUAAAGAAUUUCAUCAGAGAUGAAGUCAGUCAGUACAUCACUGAUAAGUUUGAAGUCAGUGUUCGCCCCAAGAUGAAGGAGAACAUUGAACUCCUGCAGCAGAAGAUCAUGGAAGCGGCUCAAAGAGCAACUACACUCGUCAACACGACCAGCGGAGAUGUUCAGAAGUGGCUGGAUAAUUUCACACUGCAGCUCUCAGAUUUGCUGAUAUUCUCUGUAAAGGACUUCAGUGGAGUGAGUCAUGAAGGUGUGGAUGACUUCAACCUCCUAGAAGAUGUAAUAAGCAAAUUACUUGGUUCAGUAUCAUCUGAAAUACAGCAUAAAUUCAGCACAGAGACAUUUCCUAUAAAUCUGGAAGAGAAGGACAGACCAUAUGAGAUUCUGAUUGAUCAUCUCUGUCAGUGCUGCUGGGUUCAGUGUCCAUUCUGUGCAGCCACCUGCACCAACACAAUAGAAAACCAUUCUGGAGAUCAUAGUGUUCCUUUUCAUCGAGUUGAUGGACUCACUGGUAGCUGUUAUGAUGAAACAGAGUGUCUUGGUGCAGAUUUUUGCACAAAUUUAGUGAGAACUAGUAAAAUGUUCUAUACAGGUCAGUGGUUUCCAUGCAGAGAAUACAGAAAAGCAGGAAAUGUUUAUGCAGAGUGGAGCAUCACUCCUGACUUCUCUGAGUUGCCGUACUGGAAGUGGUUUGUGUGCAGAUUUCAGGAAAAUCUGGAAAAACACUUUGAGAAAAAAAUCCACCUGUGGGAUGUGAUUUCAUAUGAAUGGAGCCAAUACUCAAAAGAGCAAGCUAUUGAGAGUUUGGAUGAAUACAUCUAAUGGAAAAUGAAAAUGACUCACAUGUAGGUCUUUGAUUCAUAGACCACAGUUUGAAACAAGUUGAAGUGUGAAAUUGAGGAUUUUUUAUCUAUAAAUUACAUAUAUGAGUGUUAUAUACUGUAUACAUUACAUAAUUGUUUGCUCUCUACCACUUAAACUCACAGCUUUCCUUACCUAAUUUAUUAACAUUCUUCAAAUGUCUUGAUGUGGUGUGCUGAAAUUGUUUCAUGGCACUUUAAGUUUAAUCAUUAAUCUAGAGUUCUGUUAGCCACUAAUGACAGAUUAAAUUCUAAAUGUUUUUUUUGUUUUUUUAGUUUAAAAACAUUAUUUUAUGAAUGAAUGAAAAAUAUAAUAAUUAUAAUAUAAUUGUAUUUAAUAUUAUGUUAUGUUAAAAAUGAAUAAAUGGUCAGCAUAAUGAAUGGCCUAUAUAAAAGUAAACAGGCCUUAGAAACCAGUCUUCUUGACUAUUAUGAACGGUCUGCAGAGGGCAGCAUAGCUGUUGUAUGAGACCCUUUUCACAAUUCUUGGUUAUAGUAGAGUAA